GUGGCGAUGCCGGGGAUGCUGAGGCAGGCGCCCAUGAUGGCCAUGCCGGGCAGGAUCUCGUACCACAUCCCGCCGGUGCCGGUGCCGGUGCCGGUGCUGGUGCCGCUGCCUCUGCGCCGAGUGCCGGGGCACUCCCGGCCUGCCCCGCGCCUUUCCCGGCCUGCCCCGCGCCCCUCACAGCCCAGCGGGCCCGAGCGGGCAGCGGGAGCGACAGCGCUGCCGGGAAACAGUCCCGUGCCAAGAAAUGCGUUCCACUUGGCCCGAUACCGCUCUCGGUCCCGGUCCCGGCCGCUGACCCCACCGGGAUCAGCCGUGGCGGGCGCGGUGCACGCUGGGAGUGGUAGUCCGGCGGAGGCAGCGGCACCUUUAAGGGACAGUCUCGCGAGAGGCGGCGGUCAUUGGGUGCGCGCGGUGCUGCCCGGGCCCGGAGUCAGGAUCGGGAUCAGGAUGAAGGAGGACAAGGAGAACGCCAGGCCCAAGGAGCGGCGCGGGGCUUCCUCCGGGCUGGGGGUUCUGCUGGCCGCGGGGCCAGGCACGGGCCCCGCCGCCGGCACGGACGUUAGAGCCGGCGCUGCCGAGCUCGAUCGCCUGGAGCGGCCCAAGGACAAGAAGGAGACGCUCAGCAAGGUGGUGAUCCGCCGGCUGCCGCCCAGCCUGACGAAGGAGCAGCUGGAGGAGCAUUUGCAGCCUCUGCCCGAGCACGACUACUUCGAAUUCUUCGCGAACGACUCCAGCUUGUACCCCCACAUGUUCUCGAGAGCCUACAUCAACUUCAAGAACCAGGAAGACAUAGUCCUCUUCAGGGAUCGUUUCGACGGCUACGUUUUUGUCGAUCACAAAGGUCAGGAAUAUGCUGCCAUAGUUGAGUUUGCACCUUUCCAAAAAGCUGCAAAAAAGAAGAGUAAGAAAAAGGAUGCCAAAACUGGAACAAUUGAAGAUGAUCCAGAAUACAAGAAGUUUUUGGAAAGUUACAGUGCAGAUGAUGAAAAAUUAACCUCCACUCCUGAAACUUUGUUGGAGGAAAUAGAGGCAAGAAACAAAGAGCUAAUAGCUAAAAAGACUACUCCUUUAUUGAACUUCUUGAAAAAUAAACAGAGACUGAGAGAAGAAAAAAGAGAGGAGAGAAGGAGGAGAGAAUUAGAAAGAAAAAGACAAAGAGAAGAAGAAAGAAGAAAAUGGAAAGAAGAGGAGAGAAGGAAGAGAAAAGAAGCAGAAAAAUUGAAGAAAGUAGACAGAUGCCCAGAAAAAGAAAGAGACAGAUCAAAAGAAGAACCAAAGAUUAAGCUACUUAAGAAGCCUGAAAAAGAUGAAAAAGACUUGGAGAGAAAAGAAAAAUCCAAGAAACUGGAAAAAGACACUCUGAGGGAGGAAAAAAAUGCGAGUAGUGCAUCUGCCAAACGAUCUGAUGGGGAGACAAAAGAAGAGAAGGCAAAAAAAUCAGAAGAUGAGUGUGUAAAGGACUACAGGGACCGAGAUAGAGAUUUUGACAGAGACAGAGAAUAUGAGAGAGCACAGAGAGAGAAACUGAGGCGCCAAGAAGAGGAGCGUCGGAGGCAGAAAGAGCGCUAUGAGAAGGAGAAGGUUUUUAGAAGAAAAGAAGAGGAGGUGAAAAAGGAGAGAGACUUACUCAGAGAAAAGGGAAAGAAAAGUGAUCUUACGGACUUUACCAGCAGCAUGGACAAAUCUGAGAAAGUAACCAAAGAUGAUAAGAAAGAGGAUACAAUUAAGAGAGAUCGUAUCAGAAACAAGGAUCGCCCAGCAAUGCAGCUGUACCAGCCCGGAGCCCGAAGCCGGAGCAGAUUGUGUCAGUAUGAAGACAGUGCUGCAAAACCCCCAGAUCAGGGAGUGGAUAAGAAACAAGAGGGUGAGACCAGUCACACGAAGGAAGAGGAGUGACUGAUGUGCCAGCCUUAUGUGUUCUGACUGUCUGUGCAGCCAAAGAGCAUGUACUACGCAAUCCAGAAGUGCCUUCGGAGCAAAAAAGGAACAAAGGAAGAAAAGGGGGCAUUGUGCUGUUGGAUGUUUCUGGUUAAAGAAUCUCAGUUGUAGAUUUGGAAUUUGAAAUGUGUUCUCAUUGUAAUAUUUUCAGUUAUUUGAACUUAUUUUCCCAGCAUCUAGCUACAACAGAGAAGAGAAUCUUUGCAAAAUAGAAAGACUUCAUGGCCUUAAGUUUGAUAAUAAAUGAGUUGUGGUCAGGAGGGGAUGACACCUGGAUCAAAAGCCAGAGCUCUAUUCUAAGGCAAUCAGAGCCAGUGUUGGAUGCACUUAGCAGAGCAAGCUUGGAGUUGCCAGGAGUUAGCACAGGUGUUGCUGUGUUGUGUGGUGCUCCUACAUGAGGCAAUGAAAGCUAAAGUGUGUCAGUCUAGCACUGAGACACAUACAUGGCUGGGGUUGUUGAGGUACCAGUGGAUAGCAGCCUUUUGGCACAUAAGGAGCAGAACAUCUGGCAGUGCAGUAACCAUGUUAGGGAGGGAGGGACCGUCCUCUUCAGUUGUUCUCUGGAUAAAGUAACUUAAGUUGGAGUGUAUGAAUAAGCUGGCUUAAUAGUUGAAUAUGUCUUGAUAAAUUCUCGUGUAAAGUCUCCGUACACUGAAAUGCUUAUUUUUAAUCAAAUGUAGCUGGUUUGGGCAUCCUGUUCUUUUCCAGCAUCUUCCCUUCUCUCAAGUCUGAAAUGCUUCUGAACUCCUCCCCUCUCGGAACUGCUUUCUCUUCCCUCAUAACUGGAAGUAUUGUUUUACAGCCCAGAACGAGACUUCGCCAGUAGCAGCUCCUCCUAAGCUAGCGAAUUUUAGCCAUAUCUGUUUUUUGUACUAAACCCAAAUAAACUCGCACAAACUCG